CGUCUAGAAGCAUUGCGACGCCCGCGGCUAAAGCAUCACCGCCGCCGCGCCCGAGAGACCAUUCGAGGCCUCUAAAACCUUAUCUGCCGAGAGACAGAUAGCUAAUACCAAUACCAUGUCAUAUACCAUGCUCUCUUCCUCCCCUUUCCACUUCCGCUUCCCCUUCCCCUACCCCUCUCCUCCCUCGCCCGUGAUUUCGAACACAUCCAGUCCCCCCGGUGUCCCCCCCAAUGGCGGUGGCGGAGGUUGUAGGCCACCGCCGCCGCCGCUGGUGUCUUACAUCCCCUCCCUUGGUAUGCUCGUCCCCUUCCCCAAGAAGAAGCCUUGCUGCGUCCUUCCGGCAGAUGCCGCGGCCCCCAUCGAGAGCAAAUGGGGAGCGUGGAGAGGGGAACACGAAGAGGAUGAGGAGGAUGCGCUGCCGUCGGGGCUGCGGCGGGAAUGGCUGCCGAGGCACGUGGCGGUGAUCAUGGACGGCAACUCCCGGUGGGCAAAGGCCAGGAACCUGCCCACCUCAGCGGGCCACGAGGCCGGCUACAGGACCCUCCGGGAGAUGCUCCGCCUCUCCUGCGUGUGGGGGAUUCGAGUCCUCACAGUCUUCGCCUUCUCCUACGAGAACUGGCUCCGACCCAAGGUAGAGGUGGAUUUCCUGAUGAUGCUGUUUGAAAGGGUUCUCCGGGAGAACAUCCGGGAUUUCUUGAGAGAAUGUAUUUGGGUACGUGUAAUUGGUGAUUCCUCAAAGCUCCCAAUUUCUCUACAAAAGUUGGCCAAAGAGGUAGAGGAGAUGACAAGGAACAACUCACGGCUUGAAUUGGUUGUGGCAGUCAGUUACAGCGGACGAAGAGACAUAGCACAAGCAUGUCAAAAGAUUUCACAGAAGGUAAAGCACGGGCUACUAGAACCAGAACAGAUUACUGAGUCACUUAUCGCACAAGAAUUGGAAACAAAUGGUGUUGAAUUUCCUUACCCCGACCUCCUUAUCCGAACUAGUGGUGAGGAGAGGUUGAGCAACUUCUUACUGUGGCAAUCAGCAUACUCUGAGCUUUUCUUCACAGAGACGUAUUGGCCUGAUUUUGGAGAGGCUGACUAUGUUGAAGCUCUAUCCUCUUUCCAGAAAAGGCAGAGGCGCUUUGGUCAGCGUAUUACCUAGAAUGAGCACCCUAUUGUGGUCAUAAGCAGGCUUAUCCCUGGCUCCGCAUAAGAUAUCAUGUACACAAGCAUGUAAUCUGGAGGAUUGCCCUCUUCAUGCCUGAUCAAAUUGUUAUUUGGCCGUAUUUUUAGUCUGCUAGAAGGUGUCAAGCUAUCAGUGAAAAUCCGUUGUGUUGAUUCACUCAUGGCUGGAAAGAAUAGUCAAAUGUAUAUUAUUAAUUCAAGUAACCUAUUUUCCAGAUGAUAGAAGUGUAUAUGCUUGUGAUCCGUUCAAUUUUCAUCUUUCUUAUGUUUUUUCCCCUAAUCUGUUUUCUUCUUUACCUUGA